AUGGCUGCCGCAGGCGACGAGGUGCGAGCUGCUGGCUGUGCCGGAGACGACGAGUCGGGCAAGGUGGAGGCUGCGGGCGAGAGCAGCAAGAAGCAGGCGACAAACGCGUACGGCAACUACCGCGGGUACUACAAGACAAGCUAUCGCGAUGGCGCAGCCGAUGCGCGGCCGGAGCUGAUCCCGGUCUCGGCGGUUGCCGGCAAGUCGCUGCUGGACAUCGGGUGCAACUCGGGCUUGCUCACGCUCAAGCUCCUCGCCUCGCACGGCCCGGCAAGCGUGCUCGGCAUCGACGUUGACCAGCGGCUUAUUGCGCAUGCUAGGCAGCGGCUGCGUGAGAUGGAGCCGGAGCUGGCGGCAAACGCUCGCUUUGCCUGCUGUGAUAUCAUGGCGGUCGCCGCCGGCAAGCCGGUGCCGUCGGCACUGCUGCCUCAGGCCUACGUCAUGCCCGAGCGCAAGCUGCGUUCGCAAGACGUCAAGUCAUCGUCGGCCGUCCAGCGUGGCAAGACCAAGUUUGGCGUUGUCCUUGCGCUCUCGGUCAGCAAGUGGAUCCACGUCCAUCACGGCGACGCCGGCCUGAUCUCCUUCUUUGAGCUCGUCUACGACCUGCUCGACGGGCCGGGCUCGGUCUUUGUUCUCGAGCCGCAGCCGUGGUCAUCGUACCGCAAGCGCUGCCGCUUCCUCCCGGGGCUCUCGGACGUCAUCCACACGCUGCAACUCCGUCCAGAUGGCUUCGAACGCCUUCUCCUCGACACCAUCGGCUUUACGGCCUGCUCGCGGCUGACGAACGAGGGCAACUUUGGCAAGCGCGAGAUGCUCAUGUUUAUCAAGUAGAAGGAAGCUGCGAGGUCACGCCGUCCCGUGCCACUUGGCCAGCUGCGGCCACCAUGCCGCAUCGAGCGGCGCGUCCCAGAUGCCAAUGCGGGUCACGCCCUUGGCGGCAAUGGCCGCAAACCGGCGCUCAAGAUCGGCGGGAGUGAGCGGCUGGCCGGUGGUCGGGUUGGUGGUCAUGAGACCGACGCCGAGCUUGCGGACGCCAACCUGGGUCACUGCAGUCUCGAGAGCAGUCUCAAACGCGGACCACUCGCCGGCGUAGGUGGCCAUAGUAAAGACGGUGUCGACCCGCGACUCGCCAAGCGCCGUGUAGUUCCACACAUACGACCACUGCG